CACAGUGGUUUUAAGAUCUCAAGAUUGGAUCAUUUUGUAAUAACUGUUAAAGAUGUGAAUAAGACUGUGGAAUUUUAUACCAAAGUCUUAGGAAUGGACGUCAUAACUUUUAAGGGAGAUCGAAAAGCUUUAACAUUUGGUCAACAGAAGAUAAACAUUCACGAACAAGGAAAAGAAUUCGAGCCGAAAUCUUUCAUACCAACACCAGGCUCGGCUGACGUUUGUUUUAUUACUGAAACCAAAUUAGACGAUUUCAUCAAGCAUUUAAAGGUGUGUGAUGUGCCUAUAUUAGAGGGCCCAGUAGAAAGGACUGGCGCUAUAGGACCUAUAUUGUCUGUUUAUUUUAGAGAUCCUGAUAAUAAUCUAUUGGAAGUGUCUAAUUAUUCGUGA